UGAUGGCGGCCUACAUAUGAAAGAAGAUCAGCGUUCCAUAACAUUAGAAACAAACUGCAGAAACCGUAGAUGGAAAAGCCACUUUUAAAUUUGAAAUAGUUAUAUGUUUGAGAUAGGUUUGGUUCAAUUUUUGCAUUAAAAUGGAUGAACGGCAUUGGUGGAUCGCUGGAAAGAUCCAGGAAAGUUUCAAAAUUGGUGGAUAUGACAACCCUACUCUCCUUGAAGAUUUUAUGACCGAGCAAAAUAAUCUUAACAAAAUAAACAAAUUUCUAAAAGCAGGGGGGCCAUGUAGAUUGUUUUUCUACUGUGAAAAAUUGCCUGAAGGAGAAUUGGCAACCAGUCAUUUACAUGUGACUGGCACACUUGCGUCGCUGAAAGAUGCCAACUUGGACCAGUUGAAUGUGUUGUAUUUCUUGAGGAAUAGAGUUGACAAAGAUGUUGAUCCAACAAGGAUGGAAAGAGAUAUUUUCUGCGGUGAACUUAAGCAUAAUACCAUGGAAACACUUACAUCAUUAUUAUCAGAAGUUUACAUACCAUUAAUUAAAGCACAGAAAGAAUGGGGAGAAUGCAACAAUGAAAGCCAAAAUAACUUGACUCAUAGUAUGGAUAAAUUCCUUACAGCUUUAAAUGAAUCAACAGCAUCCAUGGCUAGUUCAAAACAAUUGAUGCUGAAGCAGCCAGAAAAUGUGAUUUUGAAUGACUUUAAGAUGCAAAGACAAGCAGCAUUAGAUACACAGCUGAUUGGCCAGUAUGAAGAAUUGGUAACUGAUUGGAUGAACACAAUAGAAACUAUUUUGAGUGACACAUCAGAUGAAAGUAAAACAAAUACGAGAAGUGAUGCAAACAGCUGGAUCAAUUUAAGAUUUAUGGACCCCAAUGCUGGACCUCUAUCUGAGUUGGAGAGAUGGCGUAGACGUCAGAGGUUGUUGACCAGUAUUACAGAGCAGUUAAAGAGUAAGGAAUGUAAAGCUGUUAUUGGUGUACUCAUCACUGCCAAAUCUAGACUGCUGAAGAAAUGGAAAGUUGUUGAUGCUUCAAUUACAGAUGCCAUGAAUGAUACCAAAGACAAAGUGAAGUAUUUGGAAUCCCUUAGACGUCAUUUUGAUCAGCUCUACCAUGAUGCAACACCUGCUUCAAUUAUAAACAAUGCUAUCCCAGGAAUCACAAACAGUGUUCGACAGAUGGAUUCCAUUUCCAGGUACUAUGCCAGGACAGGGUUUCUUGGUAUAGUAUUUACAAAAAUAACCAAUCAGUUAGUAUUAGCUUGUAAAGAAUAUAUUAGGAAUUUUACCAGUAAUGUAUAUGAUGAAGAUGAACUUUGGGGGAGGAUAGCCGAGGAAAUCAAACACAGAGAACUUCUAUCAACUGUUGAUCCACAACAGAGAUUACUAAGGAGUCAAGUGGAGUCAAAACUAAAGGGAGGUAUGCAGAGAAGUAAAACCAAAGAAGGAAAAGAUCUAGGAUUACAAGAUGAUAGUCUGUAUGGUCGUCUGAGGGCAUGCCUGUCAUUACAAGGCUUUUACAGGGACACACUUCGCUCAUUAAAAGAUGCUCUGGGACAGUCACAGAACUUGUCACACUUCCCUUCCAUCAGUAGUAUGGGAGGCUUGGGUUCUGUUAAAUCAAAACCAGGCACUAGUGAUAAAUCCCGUGGAAGUAGUUUAAUGGUAUCACCAAAGAAAGGAAUAUCUGCUCUGGAUACCCAAGGUCAUGGCGUGUCAAUAGCUGAUGAUGAUGCUGUAAUGUCACAUAUGGACUCUUUCUGUACACGGAUUAAACAGCUGAUAGACGUCAUCAAUACCCUCUCUCAGUACAACAAGAUGGUUACUUUGACAGCUGGUAUGCCUAGACUGAGGAAAGAUGAUUUUGUAUUUGAAGAUGAAACAGAGAAAGAAGAAUACAAGUAUAGAAAGCGACAACAAGAAGCCAGAAAGGCAUUAGAGAGAGAAGCUGCAGAACAAGAAGAAGCAAUGAAUGCAGAGAACUCACCUGAGAGGAGUCUAGGGACCAUAGCUGAGGAUGAAGAUACCCCUAACUCUGAAGGAUCAAAGACAGAUGAAAGGAAAGAAGAAGGAAUAACAGCGAGGAAUGAUGAAGUGUUUGAUUCUAAAGAUAAAGAUAACAAUCAAGGACUUAAUGAAGAACAGUUGGCUGUAUUAAGGAAAUAUUACCCAGAGGAUGAGGAGGAUGAUGGUCCUGGCGUUUCAGCAGUUAUUUUAGAUCAUCUUGAUCAGAUGACUAAAGCUAUGUCAGAUAAUGUAACCACCAAAACCAUGUUAGAUGUAGAAUCAAAGGAUAGAGAUAGAUUUGAUAUGUACUACAAUAACUUUGCUGAGAUAGUUCAGGAACAAGAAAAAUUACUCUCAGCAUACCUUAAUGUUAUCUUCAUGAGAAAAAUGAAAACACAACAAGGACUUGAUAUUAUUACAAGAUUUGGACCAGUACAGGGUAGGCCUGGGAUAAGAACCACUAUAGCAGAGAAGUUUGUAGAGAUAUUUAACUGGUAUGAAACUGAUCUGGAGGAGGUUCAAAGAAUUUAUGAAACACACAAGGAAAGUCCACAGAUGGUAAGGAAUGCUCCACCAGCAGCUGGAGCUAUCCACUGGUCCCGUCAACUUUUGAAGAGAAUUGAGGAUCCAAUGAAAGUGUUCCGUGAUAACAGAGCAAUCAAUCAAUUAGGAGACUUUAGUAGAAUAGUCAAAAUAUACAACAGACUUGCAACUGCUUUAGUGACAUUUGAAAGUUUAUGGUUUGCUCAGUGGAAGAACAGAAUUGAACAUGCCAAGGCAGGACUUAGGGCUACAUUGUUUAUAAAUCAUCCAAACACAGGAGAAAUCCUUGUUAAUACUGAUGAAAGAGUACUGGAGCUGAUCCAUGAGGCUAAAUGGUUAACAAGACUAGGUAUUCAGAUUCCAGACUCAGCUACUGCCAUUAUGCAGCAAGAGUCACGCUUCAAAAGUUACAAAAGUCAUUUAGAACUAGUUUUACAUGAAUACAAGGAAACAUGCAAGUGUAUUCCUGAAUCUCUCCAGAAUUUAUUCACUCCACAUACUAAGUAUGUAGAGGAGCAGUUACAACCUGGACUGACAACUCUAGCGUGGAAUAGCAUGAAUAUAGAUGCAUUUUUACAUCAGAUCCAUUCUGCUACAAACCGAUUGAAGGAGAGAAGUACAAAAGUUCAGGACAUAAUGGAGAAUGAUGUUGCUGGAUCACUAGAAGCUAUCAAGAAUUUCUAUCUGUUUGAUUAUGAGGAAGCUAUCACCAGACCAUGGCCACCACAUGAGUUUAGAGAUGUAAUGUUAGACAGAGUACAAGAGAAAGUGGAAGAACUACAGAAGCUGGUACAGAGAGUAAUGAAUGGUUUACUGGCUGUGGCUAAUCUACUGGCUACUAGAAAGUUGGAACAUCAUAACCCAAAGGCAAAGAAACUAGCAUUAAUGGUAGAUGACAGUGAAGCCAUGAAAGAAAGACAGAGAGCUGCAGAGGAAGAGAAAUACAUUUCUAAUCUUAUAUCCUUUUACAAAGAGCAAGUGUAUGAAGCUGUACUCACUGCCACUAAGAGAUCUCUGUCAGCUUUAGUGGAUUCUACAAGUUGUUCAGAAGAAGAACUAAGAGCUGCCAGUGUAUUGUCUAAUCCUACAUACUCACCGAAUACUAGUCCUCGUCGUACCAGUAGAGCAGCUUCUGCUAUGAGCAGGGUGUCAUCUGCUAUGACAGAAAGACCGAAUACCAGUAUGUCAGCAUUAUCCAAUAUGACCUGGACUACAGAGAAAACAAAUGAUCUAACCUAUCUGCAGUUUGAGAUAGAAGUUGGUUUUAAUAUUCCAGUAAUAGCAGUACAACCAACACUAGACACUGCACAGACAGCCAUUAAUGAUGUGGCCUCAGCUGUAGUAGAAUCAUGUAGAGAUGUAACUUGGGUAGAGAAAGACAGAGUUUAUGACUUCCAUGACAGAAUUACUUCAGAUGCAGAAGUAAAUCAAAUGUUGACACAGCUCACACAUAUAGUACAUGAUGUAGAACCAGUGAUCAACAAACAUAUCUUCCACUUUAGUUACUAUGAUUUUCUCUGGAAAGAUGAUUUACAUGGCAACUUCAAGGAGUUCAUGCAAUCAGACCCUGGCAUGUUUGCCAUUAAAAGAGAGGUAGAGAGAUACCUGUACAUAGAAAAGAAGGUUCUCGCUAUACCUGAAAUCCUUCCUGUUGGUCCUAUUUGUCUGAAAACAGACCCCAUUAAAGAUGCCUUACAUGGAUUUGCCAUGCAAUGGAAGAGUCAUUUUGCUUCUGUUUUACAUGAAGAAGCCAAGAAAAAACUAGAUAGUGCUGUAUUGUACAGGUCUAAUGUACGUAAUAGACUAGAGUUAGAUGUGAUUACACUGGACCAAUUAAAUAGUGCCUUACAUUUACUGGAAGAACUCAGAGAUAUGGAAAACAAAAUAGAUGGAAUUUAUUUGCCUAUAGAAACUAUGUAUGCCAAACUAAGAGAAUUUGAGCUGAGGUUACCUCGUAAUGAGGUUGAGGAGGUAGAUCAGUUACGGGACAAGUGGCAAGAAUUGAUGGAAUUAGCAGAGGAAGUACGACAUAAAUUGUUGAUAGAGAAGAGAGGAACAUUUGAACAAGAACUGGAUAAACAAGUCAAGUCUUUCAAUGUAGAAGUGUUACGGUUCAGAAAUGACUUUGAUGGACAAGGUCCGAUGGUUCCAGGAAUACCCCCAUCAGAGGCUGUUUCUCGUCUUGAUUUCUUCCAACAGAGUUAUGUAUUAUUUGACCUGAAGAGAAAGACUCUGGACUCUGUGUCUAAACUAUUUGGUAUUAUAUGUAAACCUUUUAUUGAACUUGAUAAGACAGGAGAAGAAUUACAUCUGUUGAACCAGUUAUAUGGACUGUUUCAGAAGUUCAUUAGAUUUGACAAUAGGUUUAAAGAUACAUUAUGGGCUGAUGUGGAUCUGGAAGCUGCUCAUAUUGAGGUGGAAGGAUACUGGGAUGAAUGUCUGGCUUUACCCAGUAAACUGAAGGAUAAAGAUGCCUAUAAUGACCUGAAGACAUCUCUACAGACUUACUUAGAAGUAUUCCCUCUUCUCAAGGCACUUAAUUCUAAGAGAGAUGAGAAAUAUGAUAUAGCUGAAAUAAGGAAUCGUCAUUGGUCCAGAGUUAUGUUUGUCACACACAGUUCAUUCCCAUUAGAAGCCAAUGUUUUCAAAUUAAAACAUCUUUUAGAGAUAGAAUUAAUCAAACACAAAACAGAAAUAGAAGAAAUCUGUCAUGGUGCAGCCAGAGAAUUGGAAUUAGAGAUCAAAAUGAAAGUAACAGAGGAAGAAUGGACCGAACAAGUGUUAGCAUUUGAACAUUACAAGAAACGUGGACCCAUGUACUUAGACAAAGCCUUUACUGAGAGACUAUUAGAACAGUUAGAAGACUCUCAGGCUUUACUAGCUAACAUGUUAACAUCUAAAUAUAUAGCUCCACUGAGAACAGAAACAGCAUCUCUGGCAGUCAAACUAAAGGAAGUGGCUGAAGUCUUAGAAUUGUGGUUAGAAGUACAAGAUUUAUGGCAGUAUUUGGAAGCUGUCUUCACCAAUGUUGCUGCUGCCAGGGAACUGCCUCAGGAAGCUAAAAGGUUUACCAGAGUAGAUAAAACUUGGAUGAAACUGAUGAAGAAGGCAUUUGAUACAAGGAAUGUUCUUCAGUGUUGCCAUGGUGGAGGAGAAGGAUCCAAGGUUCUCCAUUAUAAAAUUAUCUAUGAUGAAUUAGAGAUAUGUUUUAAAUCACUGAUGGUAUAUCUAGACAACAAGAGGAGGGCAUUCCCUAGAUUUUACUUUGUCUCUGAUCCUAUUCUAUUGUCAAUCCUCAGUCGUCCAGCAGACAUGGAAUCAGUCAGACCACACCUUAGAUCACUGUUCAGUUCAAUAUCAGAUGUCAAAUUAGAGGAAGCAAACCCACCUGAGGAUGAGCUUCCAACUGAUGAAAUAGGAUUUGGCAAAGCAGCUGAUGGACACAGGACCAGUGCAAGCUCUCGAGCUGGUGGUAAAUCCAUGUUGUCUCCUAGUCUUAGGAGCACCACACCACCAAAGAUAGAUAAGAGACUAACAGAACAUUAUAGCAAGGAUGAAGUUUCGGCUCCAACCACAUCAGAAACUAAGAAGAGUUUGAAUCCAAGUGUGAUGCAGCAUGGUCCAUCCUAUCUACCAUCAGAAGGUAUUAUAGAAGACGUUAUACUAUAUGAGGCUACAGCUAUAUCAAGUUCUGAGGGAGAAACUAUUGCACUGAAAGAUAAGGUGAAAUUAGCUGAUGGUGUAGAAGUCUGGCUUCUGGGAUUAAGUGAAUCAGCUGCAAAGACAAUAAAAGAAAUGAAUAACAGUAUAAUUCAGGACUGUAAUCAAGGGACUGUCAUGGAUGAAUGGGCAUCAAAGUAUCCAGCACAAGUAUGUAAGAUUGGAAUGUUAUAUUUCUGGACCAAAGAAUGUGAGAUUGGAAUUUCUGAAAUCAAGUAUGAUCGUAAAGCUCUACAUGGUGCCCUGAAACGAUACUCCAUCCAUACCUCUAAACUGACAUCAGUUCUGAUGAGAGGAGCCUGGAGGACCAUUGAGGAACCAAUGUUACCUGUACAUAAAUCUAGACUGGAGUGUAUGGUUGCUCAAUCCCUGUAUUUAAGAGAUGUUUUAGAGAAUAUGUGCAAUAGAAAGUUACGAGAAUCAACUGAUUUUGAAUGGAGGAGGAGUGUGAGGUGUUACUAUCACCCUGUCGCUACUGAGGCUGAUGAUCUUAAAUCUACUAUGGGAGAGGAUACCGCUAGUCAAACAAGUUUGACAGAUUUGCAUAUAAAAGAGGAAUAUGAACCACUGAUCUGGAUUCUGGACUCAUCCUAUCAUUACUCUAACGAAUUCUAUGGUGCAGAACCAGGAGUGGCCCUCACACCAGUCACAGAGAGAUGCUUCCUCACAAUGUCACAGGCCAUUAACAAUGUACAGGGCAGUCAUAUUGUUGGCCCUGGUGGUGUUGGCAAGACAGAAACUGUAAAGGGACUUGCCAACCUUUUUGGUAAAUUCUUGAUGUUAGUACAGUGUUCCCCAGAGAGUGAUACAAGUGGUAUGGGAAAGAUUGUACAAGGAACUGCUAUGGAUGGAUGCUGGGCCUGUUUUGAUGAAUCACAGAACCUUAAUAACUUGUCCAUGUCUAUUGUAUUGGAUUUUGUUACAUCUGUAUUGUCAGCCCUCAAAUCAAGACACAGCUAUGCCUCAUUGAGCAAUGGACAAGAGAUAAACCUGAAGAAAGGUUUAGCUCUACACAUGACGUCUAAUGCAAGUGUUAGACAUCCAUCAUGUAGAAUGCCAAACUAUGUCUCAGCCAUAUUUAGAACUGUAUCCCUAGUCAAACCAGAUUACUGUUUAGUGUUGAAGGCAAAAUGUGCUUCCCAUGGAUUCAAAGUACCAAACAUACUUGGAGUCAGGCUAAAGACCCUUUCAGAUCUAACUAUUAAUCAACUGCCACCAGAAGUUCACCACCUGUUUGGUAUAGCUACAUGGGCUGGUGUACUGAAGAAAGCUGCUAUUAAGAAGAGACUAGUCAAGGAUGAUAAGUAUCAAGACAAGAUAGAUGCCAGACGAGAAGAAACUUCACGAUCAGAGUCUCAAGCUUCUGAUAAUGUGGCACAGAUUAAAGCUGGAAACCCAAUGAGCCAACAAAUGAGUGUUACAAUGGCACCAAGUUCAAUGAAGUUCGGAGGUGCAAUGACAGCAACACAGAGGAAGAUGGGAACACCUAACCCUAUGACCCUGGCUGCUAAGAUGGAACAUUCUUUAGUAUGUCAGACCAUUAGGGAAGUUAUCUGUCCUAGGAUGACAGAUGAGAACAACAAAGUAUUUAAGAAUAUACUAGAUGAUGUUUUCACUGGACUACCAGAUGCCCCACAGUUGAAGAACACUCAUUCUGCCCGAUCUCGUGGAAUAGAUAUAGAACUAGCCCUGAAACACAAGGCUGUAGAUAAAGGGUUAUCUGCCCAUGAUCCGUGGAUCAGUAGAUGUAAACAACUGUAUGAAAUAUCUCAAGUUUAUCAUGGAGUGAUUGUUGCUGGACCACCAGGCAGUGGUAAGACCAGCUGUAUACAGACCCUAGUCGAUGCCCUCAGUACACAGGUCAGAGGUGGACAGUCACGCCAGUCUCAUAUCAGUCGUACCUCAAACCCAGCAGAAUCACAACACAAAAUCAUCAGAAUUAACCCCAUGGUUGUAGAUGAAUACUCCAUUAUGUUUGGUUACCUAAAGGACAACCAUGAUUGGGUGGAUGGAAUAGUCACAUCAUCAUGUAGAAAAGCUAAUAGGAAUCAAAGUACCACCUGGUUGUGUUUAGAUGGACCAUUAAAUCCUGGAUGGUCAGACAACUUUAACUCUGUACUGAGUGAAGAAAAGGUAAUUCAUCUGAAGAAUGGAGACAAGUUAUUUUUGUCAGAGAACAUCAUUGUUGUAUUUGAGACAGACAACCUGUCAUCUGCCUCACCAUCUACUAUUUCCAAAUCUGGAAUUGUAUAUCUAGGCAAUAAUGUUGUCGGUUGGAAGCCUAUAGCUGAUGCUUGGUUAGAGAGUAGAUCUCCACAAGAAAUACAUCGACCUGUAAAUGUUGAACAAGGAGAAACGGACCAAUCUUUGCCCAGAACUGUUGAAGGGGUACUACAAAGAGCUUUCCAGAAAACACUGGAUCCAAUAUCUCAGUUUGUGUUAAAUGAAGCUAAACCUUUGGUAAAGCUAUCACUUGUUGGACUCUUUAAAUCCUGCCUGGGACUACUAUCAGCCAUGUUAGCUGACAAUAGAGAGACCAGUGAAGACCAUGUGGAAAGACUCUUCCUGUUCUGUCUUAUCUGGACUUUCGGUGGACUCCUGGACAGUCAUGAUAGGAAAAUUUUCAGUGAAAAGCUCAAAAUGCUUUCUAAUACCUUACCAGAUGAUGACAGACAGAUCUGUGUAUUUGAUUACUAUGUAGAUGAAUCAGGAGACUGGGACCCAUGGGCAUCCAAAGUCAGUGAAUCAGUGUACUCUGACCAACAAGAUAUGCUUGGAGAAGUCUUUGUUGACUCCAUCAAUACAAUCAGAACAAAAAUCUUGAUAGAUUUUGCCUCAGCUUCAGGACUGAAUGUUUUAUUAGUGGGGCCACAUGGAUCAGGAAAGACAACUCUUAUCAAUGACUUCAUGGACCUGCAAGAAAAAGGAAAGCAACUGAUGUUGUUAAGCAAAAACAAUCCACAGAUUUCUGUAUGUAAGAAGUUAGUAUUCUCUGGAGCCUCUAGUGCCAAACAGUUACAGAGCUUUAUAGAGUCGAAUAUUUACCACAGACAAGGAUUUGUAUAUGGUGCCAAAGAGAACAAGAAAUUAAAGGUGUUCAUUGAUGAUGUUAACCUGCCUUUACCAGACAACUACAAAGUACAGAAAUGUAAUGAGUUACUGAGACAACUUUUAGAUGACAAAACUCUAUGUACAUUGGAGAAGCCAUUUGAAUGGAAGACUGUAGAGGGAUUUAAUGUGAUCGGUGCAAUGUCAAUGAGUGACAACCCUGGUGUGUCAUGUACUCAGUUAUCCGAAAGACUUCUGAGACAUUUUGCAGUAUUCCAUCUGACAGCCCCAGAAGGUGAAGCUCUAAAGAACAUUGUUCAUGGAAUACUGGAUCUGAACAUGACAGAUGGAGAUAGACCUGGAUUAGAUAUAGAAUUACAUAACCAUCUAGUAAAGGCAUCAUGUGACAUGUUAAAGGCUGUCCAAGAUGUUCUCAAGUCAACAGCAAUGCCUGGUCGUAAACACUACCUGUAUACACUUAAAGAUAUAACAACUUGCUUUCAGUGUUUGAAGAGACUACCAGAAGAAAGUCGAGCAGAUGAGACAUUGAUUCCUGUGAUAUCGUUAUGGAAACAUGAGAUGACAAGAAUUAUGAGAGACAGAAUAGCCAGAACAGCUGAUCUGAAUUGGUUUGAUCAAACCAUUAAUAAUAUUCUUGCAGAGAAUUUCCCAGAAGUAAAAGGACCAUUUAUGGAUCAUUUUGUGACCUUCCCAACAGAUGCCAGAAUGUAUAACAGACCUGUUACCUCAGUUACUGGGAAAAAUGUCAGAAUUUCCCUUCAACCUGUUGACAAUUUGAGGGACAUACACAGCUGCCUUAAUACACACUUAACAAGAUACAAUGAAGAAUUUGGAAAUAUACCACUGAACAUUAUGCUGUCAGAUUUUAUAAUUGACCAUGUUGUUAGAAUGCAUAGAGUACUUAGUUUCCAUCAUGGUGGGAAUUUAUUGUUGAUUGGAGCAGUUGGAGCUCACCUUACAACCUUGUGUAGACUGGCUCUCCAUGUAGCUGACAUCCCUAUACAUAAAAUGGACACUUCCAAAACAAGUAACUUCUUUGAUGGUCUGAGAUCAGCUGUACGAUUGAGUGGAGCUGAGAACAAAAUACUCACCGUCAUUUUUACUGCACGAGAUUUGCAAGAUCCUGUUUACUUGGAUGCCAUUAAUAGUCUUCUUAUCAGUGGAGAAGUACCACACCUAUUUACUAAUGAUGAAAUGGAAGGACUAUUACAGGCCAUAGCCCCAGCUAUGAAGAGAGAGUUUCCAAGUAUGUCUGUAGAUCCAAUGAAAUUCUUUGUUGCCAGAGUGAAAAGUAACCUACACAUUAUACUGUGUUUACAACCUGGCCAUAUACUCCUUGGAACAGCACACAGAGAAUUCCCAGGACUGUUGAGUGGUUGUGCCAUAGAUUGGAUGUGUGACUGGCCACAGGAAUCAUUAUUAGGGGAGGCCUCAUACUUUAUAACUAGGUUCCAACUGACAGAAGAGUUUGAAAAUCUGAGUGAGAGUAUAACAACUUGUCUGGCUAACAUCCAUAGUUUUGUGCUGAGAGAUUGUCGCCAGCUUCCAUGGGCUGGAGACUUAAGUCCUGAGAUCACAAUUAACAAGAUCAAGGUUCUUGAGAAGAAGAAAGAGCAGUUUAAGGUAGAGGCUGUCAAAGUACCCAAUCUGCCAUACUCAAAGACCAUUCUUCAUGAAAGAAUCAAGAACCGUCACAGAAAGGACGAUGACAGAGCUAAGAAUGAAGUAUAUGUAGGACCUACGACUUUCAGAAGAUUCAUGGAAUGUUUUAGAUGUUUGUAUAACAAUAAAUCAAAAGUUAGAACACAGGAUGUAGAACAACUAAAGAAAGUGUUGUCUACAUUAGACCAAACCAGAUCAGAUGCCAAAGUAAUGAGGAAGGCCAUUAAGACAAUUAGUGGCAAAUUUCAAGAUGCAACUAAAAAAACUGAGGAUUUACUAUAUAAACUAACUGUAAAAGCCACAGCCUUGGAGAAACUCAAAGCAAAAAUAGGACUAAGUAAAUCAUUAGAUGCUCACCUUCACCUUACAGAAAUGUAUGCUGAAGAAGAAGAGGAAGAUGAACUUUUGGAACAAGAAGAAUAUGAUGAAUAUGACAGGAAGUUUGAUAAGAUGAUGGAACUAAAGUUACAGGAUAGACAAGUUAAAGCUAAAGAAGACCAUGUCAAAGCUAAGAAAUCUGUGGAUGAAUGUAGACAGAACCUUGAGUAUGCCAAACAACAGGUACUUCACUGGAAGACCAAAGUUGACCGUGGCUGUAUAGAAAGAAUUCGUCAGUUUUCCAAUCCACCCCUUUUGGUUGGACAAGUAAUGGAGAUGGUUAUGAUGUUGGUUGGUAAGAGACUACCCUCACAGAGAUUGUAUGAGCCUAAGGAAUCUACAGGAAAGGAUGAAAUGUCCAGCAGAAUGUCUUCUAGUUCUAGUAGUACAAAAAUGCUAGGGGUCAAAAAAGAAAAGUAUUUAUUAGGUAAAAAAGAUGGAGGAUUUGACCGAGCUCAGUGGAAGAAUAUCCAGAUGACAAUGAAUGAUUCUCAGAAGUUUGUUGACAUGUUACACAAUGUACCCUGGGAAGAUGGUCUGAUGGAUGAUGUGCUGAGAGCUGUUGAAAGUUACCUAUCUGCAAACAAGGAUGGUAACCUUGGUGUGACUGGGGAAGGAACAUUACUUGAUCAUGCUCAAGAUGUUCAGUUUACUGCUAGGAAAAGGUCUCCUUCACCAGACAACACAAAAGGUAUAACUAUAGCUGCAGCCAAAUAUUCCAGUGAGGACUGUGCUACUCUGGUCCAGUAUACCAUAGCUAUUGUAGAGUUCUCUAGACUAUGUGGUCCACUUAAGGCAGCCUUGGAGAAUCUUCAUGGACUAGAGAGAGAAAUAGAAGAAAAUGAGAGACUGCAGAAAGAAAAGGAAGAAGAGGAAUUAGGGAAGCAAAGAGAGCAGGGAGAAGAAGAGACCAAACGUGAUGCAACACCAGAACCUGAACAGGAAUACACAGCAGACGAUCUAUCCAAACUUCAGGAUGAUGUCAAUAAUCUACAACAGCAGUUUGAUCAAUCUGUCACAGAGAAACAUAAUCUGGAAACAGAAUUAACAUCUAUGAACCAGAGACUGAAAGCUGCUACAGACCUUAUAGACAGUAUGUAUGGCCAGGAACUAGAAUGGAGAAAAUUUGUUAAAGAGAAUGACAGCAACGAUUUGUUGUUAGCCAACUGUAUCACUGCUGCUGCUUUUCUUGUCUACUGUGGCUCUGCUAAUAUGGAUACAAGGAAAAGAAUGGGAGAAUUUUUCAUGCAAGUUUGUGAACAUCAUGGGAUGCCAAUGCCAAACGGGAAGUUGUUUAAAGAGUUGACAUUGGUGGAUUUCCUUUGUAAAAAACUUGACCUGAUGGAAUUGGAGAUAAAACAGUUACCAACCACACCCUUGAUGUUAGAGAAUGCUGCUUUCUUGAUGCAAGAAGACUAUGUAAAUGCCUGGCCUUUGAUCUGUGAUCCUACAAGUAGAGUAUUGGAUUGGUUAUAUCAGUAUAAAAGAGAUAAAGGACUGGUUGUUGUACGAUACAGUGAAAUAAGAUCCCAGUUUGAGAAUUGUUUAGCAGAUGGUAGUCCAUUAUUCAUAACAGACUGUGACCUUGCAGAACUGUCCAAUGACAAGAGGUUUAUUGAUGCAUUACAGAACUGUUCACAGUUCAUCCAUGGAAAAACUAGAUUCAAAAUUACAGUUGAGGACCAUGAGGUAGAGUGUGAUCCUAAAUUCCGACUGUUCCUCCACACUACAGUAGAACCACACAAUGUACCACAGACACUAGCUGCCUACUGUACAGUAUUGUACUUCCAACAGAGUAGACAUUGUCUAGAGGUAGAACUAAUGGAAAGAUUUAAAGCCAAGAAGGAGAAAUCAAGGAGUGAAGAGGAAAGACAAGCUCUUAGAGUGGAGAAAAAAGAGAAUAUGAUAGAGAUGGAGAGGUUAGAGUUUCGUCUGAGGGAGAACUUGUCUAGUGAUGUCAGGUUGAUGAAUGAUUUACCAGCUACAAAAAAAAUGACAGAUCUAAAGAAGAUGUAUGAUGAAGCUGUUGACAGUCAAAGUCGAGUAGAGGAGAGACAAGGUGAACUGACAAAGAACACUGAUACCAACAGGAAUGUAGCCGUCAGAGCUGCUGUGUGCUUUGAUGUAGCUCAGUAUAUGAGAGAAGUCAAUGCGUUAUAUCAAAUAUCAUUCACCCAGUUCCUUACAUUGUUUGAUUAUGCCAUUACACAGUCAGAACCGUCUCAAGACCAGGCUAUGAUUGAUAAAAUCACAUACACCACACAUAACUUUGUAGCCAGAGGACUGAUGGAGAGAGACAGACAUCUGUUUUCACUUCUCUUAGCUAUUGAGGUUGAAGAUUCCUUAGGCAAUGUAGGAGUAGGAGAAAGAGAAUUCCUGAUCUCUCCUAACUAUGGAUCUGUUGUUAUGUCAGCCUUGGGAUAUACACAGCCUACUGAUAGUAAAAUUCUACAACAGAAAAACACAUUUGCCUGGAUGCAUGAAGAACAGUUCCACAAUCUACAGGUAUUGGCCACACACUUUGAAUGGUUCCAAGACAUGUUUGAUAAAAUGCCAAAGGACGGUCGUGAGUCACCUUGGCGUAAUUUUGCUGAUCCCCAAAUCACUGUGGCAGGAGAAACUCAGCCAUUACCAGACAAAUUUGAUGAACAUUGUAAGAACCUACAAUGGUUGUGUGUAAUGAGAGCUGCUCGUAGUGAUCGACUCAUGCAGGCAUCCACACUGUUUAUCAACAGAGUAUUAGGCAAGAAGAGUGCUUAUCUGAGAAAUAGGAGACCAACACUAAAUAAAUUCACUCAUUAUCUUUUCACGUAUUAUGGAGAUGUAGGAAUAGACUUCACUACAAUGCACAGACAGAGCUCACCCAACACACCUGUCUUAUUGUUGUACCAAUUUGAAACAGAAAUGGCAUACAAAGUAUUUAUAGACUAUGCCAACAAGAAACAGAACAAACCUGUGAUAAAAACACUGACAGAGAACACAGCUGCUACAGAAAAAGCAGUGAAGCGUAUCAUACAGAAAGGAAUGAAUGAGGGAUCUUGGGUAUUAUUGAACAAUGCUCACAAUGCACCUAAUGUACUGAAGAGUUUAGAGACUGUAAUGACCGAGAAUCCUAAACCUGACCAUAACUUUAGAGUAUGGAUAACUUGUAGGAUUAAACCAGACUAUAUACCCACCAGAAUGUUACAGAAUUCUGUCAAAUGUGUCAUUGAUUCACCCAGGGUAAUGAAGGACAGUUUGAUUAGAUCAUUUAACUGUUUUGACUCGGAUAUAUUGAAACAGUCCUCUAGACAGGAAUGGGCACCAAUGUUACACAACUUGUGUUAUGUCCAUGCUGCCAUACAACUCCGAGCCAGGUUUGGUAUGUCUGGAUGGAAUGGCCCCAAAGAUUUCUCCAAAAUAGGAUACACAGAAUUAAUGGAGUCACUGUCUAUCCUGGUAUCUGAGUUUAAGGAUCCAUUAAGUUGUAUCGCUCCGGAUGGUUCACAGAUGUCUAGACCAACAUCAUGGACAGGCCUAAGAUACAUGAUGAGUGAGAUAAUAUAUGGAAGUCACAUUACCGAUUCCUAUGACCAACAAGCUGUUAGUGCCUUAGUAGACUAUUGGUUAUCACCUAAUGCUGUCAAGAAAGAUUUUGAAGAAAGGAGAUUAAAAUACAAGCACCCUGCAGCAUUUUUUAACCCUAAUGUCAGAUUGAACACACUAAUACAAGCACUGGAGUAUAAUAUAAGUCCUCACACACUUGAUGUACCAGAAGGCUGCCAUAUUCAUCCUAGUGUUGAGCUUGUAGUUCAUUCCCACCAUAUGAGGGAUCAUGUAGUUCAUGACAUUAUGACUUUACUGGGAGAUGACCAGUAUGUAUUCACUAGACUGAACAAAGUUUUUGAUGCCAUGCCAUCCAACAAAAGUUUACAACACAAGAUGUUCCCUAGACCACCUACACCCUUUGAUGGUCCAGCCUUAGCAGGUAUAAGUAAGUAUAGUAACAAUCCCUGUGUUGUCAACAUGGGUGUCUUCUCCACGGCAAGCUUCUCACUUCUCAAACUCAGGAAGGACGUGGAAUUAUGGGAAAUAUGUACCAGUCUACUACAGAAAGUACCAAAAAUACUUACAAAGGAUUUUGUUACCGAGAGGAUUAAGAAAGCAGGUGAGACAGUACGACUUGGUGAACCAACCAAAGUACCAGAGUUUCCUAACAUAAAUACAUUUAUCAUGAAGGAGAUAGAAAUGAUGUCAGCGCUUGGACUGGAAAUAAGGAAUACUCUCACUGCUAUUAAGAAUGCAUGCGAGACUGAGAGUUUUGGUGACAAUCUGUCGGAACAUAUUGUAUCAGCUGCUGAUGACUUGUAUCACAUGAGAAUCCCUAAGACCUGGUGUCAGAUGGCAGGAAGUGCUGCACCACCCCUUACCAUGUCUGUAGCUGCAUGGCUCAGUGGAGACAGGGAUAGAGACGGACUGUUAGCCAGGAGUAUGGCUCUGGAGAAAUUAAUAGGACUGCCCAGAUCAAAGGUUCCAGUAUGGACUCUAGGCCAGUUCUUCAGACCCCAGGCCCUGAUAGCUAUACUGAAGCAGGAUUACAUCAGAAACCAUUGUGGUGAUAGAUCUGGAUACUUUGACCAGAUUGUUGUCAACUCUGAUAUCACCCCCAGAGAUGUUGGACAUAUACGUGAGCCUCCAGUAGAGGGUAUGUAUGUCUAUGGUAUACAUCUGUGGGGCUGUGCCUGGGACAAAACAGUAUUAGAACUUAUGGAUUCACCACCGAAACAAGCAUGUGUGGCACUCCCUGUGGUGCACCUCACAUGUUGUCAGAUCACAGACAAAGCCAAUCAACAGGACCCGUCCAAGGCAGCAGAGAUCUACUCCUGUCCUGUGUAUGCCUCUAGAAUUUCUGCUAGAGAACCAAUAUUUGAAAUGGAGGUCAAGAAAGAAGGAAUUUCUUCCUACAGAUGGGCACUUCGUGGACUGUCGGCUACAAUCAGAAACUAUUAAUUAUUUACCACAGCUUAAAUGAAAUUUUAAAUGAGAUUGCAGACAUUUGUAUGAAUUAUUGAACUGUUUAAUGUAAGGAUUAUUUAACUACACCUUUUUAUUGUGGAGCAUUAGGGAUUUUAGGAACCAGUAGAUGAAAUAUGAAAACGGAGUAUCUUGUAGUCAUUUUGAUUUUAAGUGUCACAAUAAUUUACACACAAGAAUGAAUUUACUAUUUUUCACAAGAAAUGUUAACUGAUGAUAUUUUAUGUUUAGAUAAAAUUAUCCAGUUAUUCAGUUCUGGUUUGCUGAAUGCAACCAUGCAGUUGAAAAAUAUAUGCAAUAUUGAAUAACUAUGUAAAACCCAGCACCAUUGACUUAAAAAGAAUAAUUAAUGGAUGCAGUGCUAGUUUAUUUCUUUAACAUACUAAGGGGUAAAUAAAACUUUCCUUAGGUAAACCAGGACUAUUUAUUUUUAUAUAGUUUUAUAUUGUAUUAGCCUUAUUGAACAUUCCAUCCAUUGUCUCUUGGAAAUGUGAUAGAUUGGUUUUAUUUUUUCCUCAGUAUUGAUAAUAAUGUCAAAUAUUUAAUUCUAUUUAUUGAUUGAUAUUUGUUGGUUUAUAUACAUACUUUUAUGACAAUGUUGAAGUUGUUCUAUGUCAGUUACCGUCCAGUUUUAAGUGUCAAGGAACUUCUGCUGAGAUAUUUACAUGUUUAAUGAUUUAUUUAAUAAAUUGUUUUUGUUUUAA